AUGGCAUCCGGGUGGAGUGUAGCAGCAAUCGUCAGUUCGCAAGUGCCACCGUCCACGCUCCUGCUGCUGCCCGGUCUGUUGCUGCUCUCGCUUUUCAUCGCCUGGAUCGUGUGGGAUGUGAUCGAUAGGCGUGGUGCGACGUAUGUCUCCUUCCGGCAGUUUCCAGGCCCUGCCGCAUGGCCACUGAUCGGCACGAGUUACAACACGCACGGACUGGAUGCGGCCACCACGUUCGAUGCGUUCCGUCGCUGGACCCAACAGUACGGUGGGUCGUACCGGCUCUGGCUCAACAGCUACCUGUUCUCGCUGAACAUCACGCGAUGCCGGGAGGCGGAACCGUUCCUGAGCGGGGGGCGCAACACGGACAAGAGCGUGCUGUACAACUUUCUGCAUCCGUUCAUCGGGAUCGGUCUGCUGAACAGUGCCGGUGCCAAGUGGCUCCAGCGGCGACGCAUCCUGACGCCGACCUUUCACUUCCACAUCCUGACCGGGUUCCAUCGGACGUUCUGUGAGGAGAGUGAAAAGCUGGCGGUCAAAAUCGACUCCCAGCGGUUGCUGGAGCCGGCGGUGGAGAUUGACCUGCAGUCGGCAAUGUCCCAGCUAACGCUGAACACUAUCUGCGAAACUUCGAUGGGCGUGAAGUUGGACUCGCUGGACGGUGCUCGGGAGUACCGGGAAGGUAUCUACCGGGUCGGCACCAUGAUGCUUAACCGUGCCAUCCGUCCGUGGCUGUACGUGGACUGCAUCUACUGGCUGCUGGGAUACGCGCGUCAGCUGCAGCGCUUGCUAAAGCCACUGCACCACUUCACCAACCGCAUCAUCGCCCAGCGCCGUGAACUGUUCGAGCGGGCCCGGCCCGGGUGGAAGCCGGAAGCGGUACGCCAUGCUGGACACACUGCUGGCGGUCUGAUCGAUGCCGACGGCAUUCGGGAGGAGGUGGAAACGUUCACCUUCGAAGGCCACGAUACAACCGCAUCUGCGCUCACCUUCAUCUUGCUAACCCUAUCCUGGGAGCCCGCAGUUCAGGACCGGCUCUAUCAGGAGGUGCGGCAACUGCACACCGACAAGGGCACGGCGGCGCCCGACGAGCAUCUGGCGCCAAACGAUCUAGCCUCGCUGAAGUACUUCGACCGGGUGAUCAAGGAGUGUCUGCGACUGUGGCCACCGGUCACAUUCAUUUCGCGCACCGUUACGGAGAAGAUUGUGCUGCCGGACGGCCGUACCAUACCGCAGGGUUGCAUCGCCAACCUGCACAUCUUCGAUCUGCACCGCGAUCCGGCCCAAUUCCCCGACCCGGAACGGUUCGAUCCGGAUCGCUUUCUGCCGGACCGGGUCGCGGCACGCAACCCGUUCGCUUACGUACCGUUUAGCGCGGGCCAGCGGAACUGCAUCGGGCAGAAGUAUGCGCUGCUGGAGGUGAAAACCGUGGUCGCCUAUCUGGUGCUGCGCUAUCGCAUCCUGCCCGUAACGCGACGGGAAGAGAUUCGCUUCAUCGCGGAUCUGGUGCUGCGUGCGUCCAGCCCGCUGAAGGUUCGCUUCGAGCGAAGGAGUGCGUGAUAAGAGUCGUGUGUGGGGGUGUGGGGGGAGUGUGUUAUCAUGCAGGUUUGUUGUUUGCGGUACGGCGCGAGAGAACGCGGUCAGCGGCCCGCUGAUAAUGACAGCGGCUGGUCGGCCGGCAAACACGUAGGACGAAACUGCAGGGUGCAGAGCGUGGGGAGAGGAGGGUUGAUUAUCAGCUGCUGUUGACAAACAGUCGCAAUUUACUUCUGCACUUGGGGCACAUCGCUUUAGUCCACUGUUGGGUAGUAUGCGGGAAACAAAUAUAGCCCAAACUUACUCAUAAAUUCAA